CAGACUUUGAAAACUUAACUGUUUUUGAUUUGAGAGAGAAUGAGCUUGAUAAAAUUGUUUCUGAAGAUCUUUUGGGACUUACGCUCCUGGAAGACCUGUAUCUACCGUCCCACAUACAUAGAUGUCCCGGUGGGAGGCAUGCCUGGGAAUCUGAGUCACAUGGCAAUAACAUGACACACUGCUUUCAUGAAGAGGACCCAUGUGUUUAUCUGAAUGUAUCUUGUACUGACUUUGCCAAUUGCUCGCACACUGGACCAGGAACAGCAAGAUGUGUCUGCCACCCGGGUCGACAUGGAUACAAAUGCUUGAACCAGGGAGAGUUUCCUUCGACUGCCUUUGCCUUUUCGGUUGUCAUUCCUGCUGUUGUGCUGAGUGUUGUAGUGUGGUUUGUGCAAGGGAGAGACGUUUACAAGACCAACACUUUAUGAUUUGGUAAAAUGUAAAGGGGCAUUUUAUUUGUUUUGACUUCAUACUGAAUAGGUAUUGUGAAAGAUAUUGUUUGUUAUAAAAUGUUCCGAGUGAAUUCUUUGCUUCACUUUUAUUUAAUACUUUUUUUGUUCAGCAGCUUUUUUUUCUUUUCUUUUUUGUAAUGGAUGAUUUUUUACGUUUUUUUUUUUUUAAAUUUAUUUUAUUUUUUACAAUUUUUCCAACUAUUAGAAUUGUGUACAUUAAUAUGAAAGGUUGAAUUUUUUUAUGAUUGGUGCAUAGUUUGGCUCUGAUCUCUUGCACUUGCAUGGGUGAAGGGAUUAAAUAAUUUCAUUUGUCAAAAUAGGGGUGAGGAUAUAUGGUUUGCUUCACAGAUAGCAUCCUGAGAUGGUUAUUGGCUUGUCUAUGCUAUUAAAACUUGUGUACGUCUGUCUGUUUAAACGCUACCUCCUUCAGACUGCCAAUGUCUAUCAGGUCAAUACUGGUAUCAUUGGAUACAGGACAUUCAGGGAAAGCUUCUUCGACUUGUCUCACCCCUCUAAACCUUAAGGGGUUGGA